CUCGCUCAUCCCGUCUUUGUUAAUCACCUCCCACCCACCUAUCCUGUUCUCUUCUCUCUUCCUCUCUCCUUCUGCCUCUCUGCAUCUCCUCUCUGCUCUACUCAGCUCUUCCCAGGAUGGUGGUAGUGAUGAUGAUGAUGAUGAUGAUGUGACACUGUGGCCAGCCAAUGAUUGCACAAGAAGGGAGCAGAAGGGGCGUACCUAGAGCUGAGCUCAGAGCUGAUCGAUGCUGAGGAGAGCAAGGAGGAAGAGGGGGAAGAGAGGGAGGUAGAGGAGGGUGGGAGAGGCCUUGUCUGAGCCAAGGAGCGCUAACACUGGCUUAAUAAAAGGGAGAAGAGGAGGAGGAAGGGGGAAGAGGAGGAGGGAGGGAAGAAGCUGUUGGCCAUCAGAGGGGGAUCAACCUGAGCUGUCAUGGACAAAUAUCGACCAAAGAGACCAACCACCCUGGCUCUGUUCCCACAGCUGCCACAAGCCGGCACCCAGGACUCCAUCAACAACAACUCUUUGGGCAAGAAGGACAGCUGGAAGGACUCCCACUCUUCUUCCCCACACAUCACAGGAGAUCUAACACCGGAUAUCCAACCCAAAGCAGAGGACAAAGUCCGGCAUGGCACGCACCGGUCCGCCCCUAAGCCCCCCACAGCCAGUGAAGCCCACAGCAAAGCUCAGAGUCAGGCUGCUGCCACAGCCGGAGAGACACGAGCUCGACUGAGGGAGAAACAAACAUCAGGGGCUCCACACACACUGACCUCCAGUACCUUGAGGAGUCAGAGGAGAGGAGGAGGAGGGAGAGGGGGAGGAAAAGGAGCCACAGCAAUGAAGGAGAGGAGCCUAGGGGACAUUAGGGCGAAGGAUGGAGUGACAGCAGGGAAAGAGGAGAGGAGAGGAGGAAGACUGUGUGCUGAGUCCAAGGGGAAGGAGAAAGAGAGGAAUGGACAUCAGAGGGCGAGAGAAGCUAAUGGACUGAAGAGCCGGGGGGCUGAUGGGAAAGGAAAAGUGGGUGGUAAAGGGGGCAGCAGAGGAGGGGGGUCCAAGCCAAAUAACAUCCUGUCUAACCAGGAAGUUUACCUGACUGCCAUGGUGGUUCCACGCACACCUGUAGCACUGAGAAACCAGGACAAGACCCAGGACCAAGGCCAAAGCCAUGACAGGACCCAGGACAACCCCCUUAUUCUGUCCCGGUCCAGCAGUGAGGGGGGGUCAAACAGAAUGUCCCUCAGCUCAGACACCGAAGGCCCCCCACCAGGACCUCUGCAUCCCUCUCUGUCCCAUCGAACCAACCCCGACAUCAGUGAGGAGGAGGGGGAGGGAGACCCCACCCCUUGCCUGAACAUCCAGAAUGGUCCGACCCACUUCCUGGCAGGUGAUGAAAAAACAGAGAUGGACCGUACCAACUCAGAGGUGGAUGCAGGGGGAGGGAAAGUUGACAGUAAUACUGAGGUGGUUGGAACCAAGUCGUUCACUCAGGGAGAGUGUGUGACUGCUCGGACUGUACCAAAGAGUGAAGCUACAGCAGGGUUAAACUAUGACUCUGUCAAAUACACUCUGGUGGUGGACGAACACGCUCAGCUGGAGCUGGUCAACCUCAAGGACUGUUUCCACCCUUACAAUGAGCACAACGAUGACAGUGAUGCAGAAACAGUCUAUCAGUCAGCCAACGAGGAUGAAGACCCAGAGUACGAGGAAGAGAGGAAGAAGAGGGAGGGGGCAAGGAAGCAAGGUGCUGAGUCGUUUGGUGUGUUCUCCUGUGUUUUGGAUGGAGUGGAGAAACAGCAGAGCCACAGAGCUGUCUACAGGUUUGUCCCUCGUCAUGCAGAUGAGCUCUACCUGGAGACAGAUGAUCCAGUGUUGAUGCUGAACCAGUCUGAGGACCUGUGGUGUCAGGGUUACAACAUGAGGACUGGAGCUACAGGCAUUUUCCCUGCCUUCUACACUGUCAAGGUGGCCAAAGAUAUUAACCAAGUCCAGAAAGAUGGUUGGAUGGAGCAGUUCCUGGUGCGAUUCCUGGGUUCAGUUCAGGUCCCCAUCCACAAAGGCAACGACGUGCUGUGUGCUGCGAUGCAGAAGGUAGCAUGUAACAGGCGGUUAGCAGGUCAGCCUCCCUCAGCUUGUGUGCUGGAGGUCAGUGUGAGGGGUGUGAAAAUCAACGUUCAGGACCAGUGUCACUCUGCUCACAGGGGUGACCAGUGUUUCCAUUUUUUCCAGUUGAAGAACAUCUCAUUCUGUGGUUGUCAUCCAAAACACAGCAAGUAUUUUGGUUUCAUCACCAAACAUCCUGAUCAACAGCGCUUUGCCUGUCAUGUGAUGAUGUCAGAUACAACAUUACAUCCUCUGGCUGAGUCCGUGGGGAGGGCCUUCCAGCAGUAUUACAAGGAGCACAUUGGCUACUCCUGUCCCACUGAGGACAUCUUCAUUGAAUAAUAACACCUGUCCUCCAUCCUAUGUACUGAAUACUCACUAUGUGCAUGUGAGCCUGGUCUUACACCACAGACUGGACCACUGAUAUAUCUUCAUCUUGCAUGGUGGAUUUUCUUUUCUUAGCUGCAGAUACAGCAAGCUUCUUCUUCCUUUGGCCAUGUCACCAUAUAAAUACCUCUAUGGAUGGGUAGGAUCACAGGAGAUGUCCCAUACAGUGAGACCAAAAGUAACAAAAAUCUAUCCAAACCCAUACACAGAUAUCUAAUAUUGAUAUAUUUUAUAGGCUAACAGUACGUAUGCUGUAUGUAACCAGAUGUUAGACCAUAUAGACAGCCUUCAGAAAUAUGGAGUCAAUUUACUGACAGAAUGUUUUCAUCAGCAGUUUCUAAACUUGGAGCUGGUGCUGAAAUAAAUAAGAAAUAAUGAUCGUUAAUCAGUUAUAGUUUUAGUAGUUGAUUAACCUUUUGAGUCACAUAUCAGAAAACAUGAGUGUUUGAUGGUAUUAAACAAUAAACCAAACCAGAUCCUGGGAACACAAGUGUCUGUAACGUGGGAAUCUGUCCUGUACUGUAGCUCCUCAGACAUCUCACUCUAAAAUAAAGAUUUCCACCUGCGAUCACCAAAGUCAUCAGGAUUCAUCCUCUGGGGUCCAUGAAUGUCUGACAGUUACAUCUGUAGGCACACAGCUAACGUGACUAAAACCAGUGCUAAAAAUGAAAUGGUUCCAGCUUCUAAAAUGAGAUGAUUUUCUCUGAACAUGUUUGUGUGUUUGGACUGUUAGACAGAAGUUUUAAUCUCCCUGGGCUCUGAGAACAAAAGAUCAAAAAGAUCAAAACUGAUAGUGAUACUUAACAAUACAACAUGAUGGAUGCACCUGAAUAAAGAUAAUGUGUAUCUGUAGCCUGAGAUCUAGUUUGCAGACAUUUGACAGACUUCAUCACAGCCCAUUUUUACCUGUAGUGACUGGUUUGUGCUCAGGCUGACAGUCACAUCUGGAUGUUUAAUUCAUGUUUGCAGACCAGUGAAUAUGUGAGUUAGUAAGUAUGUUGUCUAACAGGAAACAUUAAGACUUUUCACAUUUUUACAUGAAAUCAUUUCAUGAAUUGAUGGAGCAGGAAAAGUAGCAAAAUGUAACUAAUGUAAGAUUAUGUAUUGUACCUAGUCUACAUGAUGAAGGGGGAGUGCAUGAAAAAACUUCUCCCUCACUUAGCUACAUUCAUCCUUUUCAUUGAUCAGUCAAUACUGAUCAAGUAGCUAUGGGGUGUUGAAGUUAACAAACUAGAAUUCCAGUUACAGAUCUGCCGCUGAGUUUGAACCUCAGACAUCUCUCUGAGUCUCAUGUCUCACUAACCACAGGCACGCACUUCAGAUUUAAGAACAAAGCCAUGCUACAUGUUUCUGAAAGGAGGUCAGUCUUCUGUCUUUAAAUUUGCUUCACCGUUGACUCAACAGUAAAGAAGGACUACUUAACAACAAGAAGUUCCCCCUGUAUUCUCAAAGCUCUGAACGGAUACACACUGAAUUAAUGCACCUGAUGGUUUCUUUGUAUAGAUGAGGAGAGACUGAUGUGUAAUUCUGUAUCUGAUAAACCCCAGACUUGACAAUCUGUUUGCUCCUUCCAUUUUCCUUUUCUGCCACAUGUGGUUCUGACUACAGACCCUUUCUCUGGCUGAGCAAUGAUGUAUGUUUCCUUUAACUCUGUGUUAGAACAAUGGCCAAAUGACGCUGUGCAAUUUAUGAUGUAUGCAACAGAACAGAUUGGUGUGAUGGUGGGAUCACUGUACAGUCAUGUCCAAGUCUGUCCUUAUUACUUCAGCUUAGACUUCUUUUGCAUUACCUGCUCAAAUCUGGGACCAAAGUAGGAGCCAAGUCACAGUGGAGGUACUCAUCUCUCAUCAGACGUCAGAUUUGUUCUCAGUUCACAAAUUCACUUUCCUGGCACUUCCUCCUUGUUUUUGCAGCUAUUGGAAGAUAAGCUCCAGAUUUAAAGCUGCACCAGUCAACCAGUGUUACCCCAUUAUUCUGGUUCUCCAGCCCACAGAGGUCUCUCUCAUCAGCCCUGUCUCUUUCAGCAGCAGCAGUUCUGUUAAACCCACUGUCUGACACUGGCCCACUACCCAGCAGCAGACAGACACAGACUGACAGCUAGCUGCUGACCAUAGUGGAGCGAUUAGCAGCAAAAGAGCAAGAGAUUUUUCCCAGGAGGUGGUGGAGACCAGAACAGAGCUAAAUGAAUAUUAAACUUCCAUCUCAUUUCAUCUCAUUCAUCUGAAACUUGACUCAGAAUAAUGCUAAUGUUGCUCUGUGUCUGCUGGACGUACGAACACACACAGCUCUCUGACACGUAAAACUAUGUCAAUGGCAAACAAACAAAACAAAUAAUUCUAUGAGAUCCAACAUUUUAACUUUUGGACUCUGAAUUCCGGCCAAUGAGAAUGCAGCUGCACAGGCAGGUGAACUACAUGAUAUUUGAGCAGGUAAAGUCAAUGGAAAUGAAGCCUGAAAUGUUUUGAAAAAACAGUGCCUUUUUUUUUUGUGCAGUGCUAAUAACUGUCCUCGUAAAUAAUUACCUGUUGACUUCAGGUGUCCCCAGUCACAGAGUUUAAACAGAUACAACAGAGAGUCUCAUUCAGAUGAGUAGUCCUGUACCUGGAUAUGACUCAGUACACCUAGGAUGGCUGCCAUGGGACUGAGCAGAGGCCGACAGGUGUGGAACUGGUGGAACUGGUGUCAGACUGAUUUACUGUAGCACUGGUCAACAUUACACCACCUCUGUGUGGGAAGCUGUUAAACUAAGAUGAAUUUAAUGCAACAUUUUGGUGAUUUUAUGUGUGAAUAUAAUUCAUUGUUAGGCAUUAGCAGCAUAUUACUGGUCUCCAAAAACAUGGAAAACCAUUCAUUUCCAUGGCAGCCAUCUGGAGAGCACCAUGGGAUGUUGUUCUGAUCCACCUGAAAGUGUCCUUUCUAUGUACUACACACCAUGGGGGUCUACUGUACUUUACUCAUCAAUAUAGAAACAUCCUGUAUACUUUAUGUAUGUAUGUAUGUAUGUAUAGGAGUUCUACUGUUGGUAUAACUAAAACCUGGGUGUAACACCGCAUGAUAUUGAUGUUGUAAAAUGAAGGCAAGAUGCACAGACUGGUGAUAGUGAUGGUGAUUAUUCUUGUCAAUAAAUCACAUUUAUCGAUUGACAA